AUGCCCGCCAGCGUUCAACGCGGCUUCUCGCGAUCGCUCAUCCUGGGUGAGGAGACGACCAAUGACAAGGGCACCGUCGCCCGCCUCGGCCUCGGCGCAGAUCUCGGCGACGGCAUGGGCCGCUGCCUCGUCGCGGGCGAGUGGAAUGCCGACAUUUACGAGCCGCUGAAGCGGAGCAGCCUCCGCCCGGAGGAGGACGUGCGGUGCGACAAGAAUAGGAUGUCGGGGAUGUGGACCCCAGAGCAGCCGCUUCGGAGGUAUCUGGAGCGGACUCGGGAGGAUGCUAAUGAUGGUGAGGAGGCUGCCUCCGGGACCGGGAAGGGAAGGGCAGCAGGAGAGAUACGAACGCUGCUCUUCGCCGGGGUGAAUACCGACCAGUGCGUCCUCGGCACGCUGACGGAUGCGUAUAAUGCCGGGUGGGAUUGCAUCUUGAUUGAGGACUGUUGCGGGACCGGGACGCCUGGGGCUCCCGAGGUGUGCCUUUACAAUAUUUCUGGCUCAUACGGGUUCGUCGUCUCGACAGAGACAUUUCUCGCCGGAACAGCCUCGUGA